AUGGCGCCGUCUCUCGAGCAGACCGAAUCGGUAGACGAGGUGCUCGCCAAUCCUCUCAAGCAGAAGCCGCAGCUUGUGGCCCCGGAGCCGGCGCAUUGUCCCGGGCCCGAAUCAGAACAGGCCGGCGCGGCAGACUCGUGCGCGGGGUGCCCGAACCAGGCCAUCUGCGCGUCGUCAGCAGCCCAGGGUCCCGACCCCGACAUCCCCAUCAUCGCGUCGCGCCUCGCAGACGUCCAACACAAGAUUCUCGUCCUUAGCGGCAAGGGCGGCGUCGGCAAGAGCACAUUUACGUCGCUGCUGGCGCACGCGUUUGCGACCAACCCGGACCGCACCGUCGGAAUAAUGGACACGGAUAUCUGCGGACCGAGCAUACCAAAGAUGAUGGGCGUCGAGGACGAGACGAUUCACGUCAGCGGCUCCGGGUGGUCGCCGGUCUGGGUCAUGGAUAACCUCGCCGUUAUGAGCAUCCAGUUCAUGCUGCCGAGCCGCGACGAGGCCGUCAUCUGGCGCGGGCCCAAGAAGAACGGCCUGAUCAAGCAGUUCCUCAAGGACGUCGAGUGGGGCGACCUGGACUUCAUGCUCGUCGAUACGCCGCCCGGCACCAGCGACGAGCACCUCAGCGUCAACUCGUUCCUCAAGGCGAGCGGCAUCGACGGCGCCGUCGUCGUCACCACGCCGCAGGAGGUUUCGCUGCUCGACGUCCGCAAGGAGAUUGACUUUUGCCGCAAAGCGGGCAUUCGCAUUCUCGGCCUCGCCGAGAACAUGAGCGGCUUCGUGUGUCCCAACUGCAAGCACGAGAGCGAGAUUUUCAAGGCCAGCACGGGCGGCGGCCGCGCCCUUGCCGGGGAGAUGGGCAUUCCGUUUCUCGGCGCCGUUCCGCUGGAUCCGCGCAUAAGAAUGGCCUGCGAUUACGGAGAGAGUUUCUUUGAUUCGUUCCCAGAUAGCCCAGCGUGCAAGGCUUUUCAAAGUGUGGUGCGCAAUCUAGCGCAGGAACUGGGGCUGGAUACCCAGGACAUAUUACCGAGUUAA